AUGGUACCGGAUUCUGAAUCUGCUCUCUACGACGCGAGAGAUGCAAUCCUUGCGGCGGAAUCACAUUCAGAACACCCCCCGCCACCCGAGAUGCAUAGGGAGAAAUUGCUCAUUUCCGUUCUACUAUUUAGAGACUCUGAUAUCUCGACUGGUACUAGUAUUCUAGGUAUUUAA